AUGUCUUCACCCCCAGCCAGCAGCAGCAGUCCCAGCGCGGCCGCUGCCGCAGCUGCCGAGGCGCCGCCGAGCGCGAACCUCGACGCCCUGGGCAUCUUCUGGAUCGUCUACGCGCUGACCUGGACGUGCUUCCUGGCCGCGGGCAUGGUCUUCCUGCUGCGCCGGCGGGACAUGCCCAUGCUGCGCAUCCGCGGCCUGCCGCUGUCCUUCGCCGCCGUGGCGCUGCUGCACUGCUACUGGGGCGCCGGGCAGACGGCGUACGUCUACGGCUCGCUCAUGUCGUCCAAGAUCGAGUACUGGGUCAUGGGCAUCUGGCUGCCGUUCGGCAUCGCGCUGUUCCACGCGUCCAACAGCCGCUUCCUCAGCUUCGGUAUCCCGGGCACGGAGCUGGACCCCAGCCUUACGCCGGCCGAGGCGAACGUGGCUAUGAAGCAUGGCUGGGAGUGGUGGCACUCUAUCUUCUGGCAGGUGCUGUGGGCUUGGAUCGUGGCCCCGAUUAUUCUCUGGAAGUCGCGAAACAUCCAUGACACUCAAGGCUGGAGACUUCAGACCAUUGUCUGCUGCCUGGCGAGUCUCCCUGCUACUCCCAUGUGGCUCAUCGCGCUCUACGUGCCGGCCAUGGCGCCCGUCAACAAGUACUGGGUGCCGCCGCAGUGGAUCGCCACCUCGAUCCUCAUCAUCGAGAUCUUCACCGUCUUCCUGCCCUGCUGGCAGGUGAUGCGCCACCAGACGCUGCGGCGCGAGACCCUCGACUCGAUCGCGCAGUGGGAGUCCAACAAGCCCGGGUCGCGCAAGCGGCUCGGCUCCGUCACCACGGGGUCCACCUCGUCCGCGGGCGGCGGGCGCAAGUCGUCCAUCCGCACGGCGGGCUCGGGCGAGUCCAUCCUGACCAUGAGCGCGCUCGAGCACGUGCUCGAGCGCAACCCGGCGCCGCUGCAGCAGUUCGCCGCCCUGCGCGACUUCUCGGGCGAGAACAUUGCGUUCCUGCUCAGCGUGGCCGGGUGGAAGUCGGACGGCAUUGCCGCGGCGGCCAGGAGGGGCAGCAAGGGCGAUGCGGAGGCGGAGCAGGUGUCGGCGCGGGAGCGGUUCAACAGCGCGCUGCGGAUCUACGUCGGGUUCGUGAGCGCGCGGCAGGCCGAGUUCCAGGUCAACCUGUCGUCGGCGGACCAGAAGCACCUGGACUCUGUGUUUGGCGAGGCGGCGCGCGUGCUGUACGGGGACAUGGUCGCGGCCGAGGAGGAGGUGGACCCGGCGACGCCGUUUGAGAUGGUGUCCGUGCGGCGGCCUCCUCCGGCGGGGGUGCCGUCGGAUGCGGGCUCGGAGAAGGGUAUUAUGGGGGAGGCGACAGCGACAACGACGACGACGACGACGGCGGAUGACCUGACGGCCAUUGCGGAUCGGGCGUUCUACUGGGGGGAUAUCCCGGCCGGGUUUGGCGAGGGCGUGUUUGACGAUGCCGAGGCGAGCAUCAAGUACCUCGUGCUGACCAACACGUGGCCCAAGUUCGUCAAGGACUGCCGGCGGGCGUCGAUGGACUCGCUCGAGAGUCUUGAGUCGGGGACGUCGUCUUUUGGCAUGAGCUUCCGGAAGGAGAGCAGGUAA